UAAGAUCAGUAGUAUUCUAGCUAUAAAAGAAAAUGGAGAAUUCAGGGUUUCUAAUGAUUUCGACCUUUUUGCUUCUAUUUGCAACUCUUCUCCCUCAUUCUUCGGCUUCAACCACCCGUCGAUUUCACUUUAACGUCGAAUGGAAGAAAGUAACUCGACUGUGCCACACGAAACAACUUUUAACUGUGAACGGACAAUACCCAGGACCGACCGUGGCGGUACACGAAGGUGACACCGUAGAAAUCAAAGUGACUAACCGGAUCGCUCACAACACAACUAUUCAUUGGCAUGGUUUAAGGCAAUACCGGACGGGUUGGGCAGAUGGACCGGCAUACAUAACGCAGUGUCCAAUAAGAUCGAAACAAGCAUACACAUAUAGAUUCAAAGUGGAGGAUCAAAGAGGCACACUCCUUUGGCAUGCUCAUCACUCAUGGCAACGCGCCUCUGUCUACGGCGCUUUCAUCAUCUAUCCCCGGAAGCCUUAUCCCUUUCCCGGCAGCUACAAUAUCCAGUCCGAAAUUCCCAUUAUACUCGGCGAAUGGUGGAAUGGUGACGUAGACCAAGUGGAGAAGAAUAUGAUUAUGACCGGAAAUGGGGCUAACGUUUCCGACGCUUACACCCUUAACGGGCUUCCCGGCCCACUUUAUCCUUGCUCUACCAAAGAUACUUUCACGGCGAACGUAGACCCCGGGAGAACCUACAUCCUCCGCAUCAUCAACGCAGCUCUAAACAGUGAGCUCUUCUUCGCUGUAUCGAAUCACACACUAACCGUAGUCGAGGUCGACGCGGUUUACACCAAACCGGUUGAUACCCAAGCAAUCAUGAUCGCUCCUGGUCAAACCACCACCCUCCUCCUCCGCACCAACCAACUCCCCGGCGGCGAGUUUCUCAUCGCCGCGACUCCUUACGUCACUUCCGUCUUCCCAUUCAACAACUCCACCACCGUCGGGUUCAUCCGUUACAGAGGCAAAACCAAACCGGAAAAUACCGAAAACACACAGCGGAGACGGCGAUUAACGGCAAUGUCGACAGCCGCGGAUCUACCCAAAAUGCUGGAUACGAAGUUCGCGACGAGAUUCUCCGAUAACAUCAAGAGCCUCGGAUCGGAGGAGUAUCCGUGUAAAGUCCCGAGGAAGAUCGACAAGCGAGUGAUCACCACGAUCAGUCUCAAUCUCCAGGACUGCCCGCAAAAUCAGACCUGCGGGGGUUACGCCGGGAAGAGAUACUCAGCGUCUAUGAACAACAUCUCCUUCGUUCGACCUCCGGUCUCGAUCCUGGAGAGCUACUAUAAAAAACAGAGCAAAGGAGUCUUCUCACUCGAUUUCCCGGAGAAACCGCCGAACAGAUUCGAUUUCACGGGAGUGGAUCCGGUUUCGGAGAACAUGAACACCGAGUUCGGGACGAAGCUGUUCGAAGUGGAGUUCGGAACGAGAUUAGAGAUCGUGUUCCAGGGAACGAGUUUCUUGAACAUCGAGAACCAUCCGUUACAUGUACACGGACACAACUUCUUCGUGGUGGGAAGAGGAUUCGGGAACUUCGACCCGGAGAAGGAUCCGAAAAGGUACAAUCUGGUGGAUCCGCCGGAGAGGAACACUUACGCGGUGCCGACGGGAGGAUGGGCGGCGAUUAGGAUCAAUGCGGAUAAUCCAGGAGUUUGGUUUAUUCACUGUCAUCUGGAGCAGCAUACUUCGUGGGGGUUAGCUAUGGGUUUUAUCGUUAAGGAUGGUCCUCUUCCUUCACAGACUCUGCUUCCUCCUCCUCAUGAUCUUCCUAAGUGUUAAGAAACACUAUAAUAUAAAAAUGUCUUUUAUUAUUUAUUAUA